GAGGAGGAGGAGGAGAGGCAGAGGAGGUGGUGCUAGGGGUGUCCUGCGGAGCAGCGGAACUUCGAGGUGGUGACUUCCCUGCGACCCUAAUGAGGAAAAUGGCAGCCCAGGCAUUUCCUAAGACAAUGGUUGUCCAUAUGAGUCUGUUCUUCUUCCUCCAAGGGAUACGUGGCAGUGACCACAAGGAUGAGUUCAGAUUCUGUGGGGAAAGGAAUCAGACCCACUUGAGCAAGCUGAUCUAUAACCAGAGCCAUUCCUAUCACGUUGUCAUCGAGAACACAGAAGAUGCCCUAACCAUCACGGCCCCUUUCCCCCCCAUAAAGUCCCCUGCAGUCUGGAGCUUCCCUGUUCCCCGAGGCCCGUAUCAUUUCUGCCUCGACUGGCUUCCGAAUGCCCAGAAGCUCCAGCUCACUUAUGGCAAGACUACCUAUGAGCUGAGUGACCAGGCUGGGGAAUUCCUGUGCUUCGGCCAUCUGGAGAUAGCAGACCCAAGGCAGAGCCCCCCACUUCUCAACCCUUCCUACAGCUCCUGGAGAAAACCGCAGAACACCAGUCUUCUCAACAGCCAUCGCUACACCUUCAACUUCCAUGACCCUCCUGGUGACAUCUCUUCCCACGGUGGGUCGGUUGACAUGUGUGAACUGAAGUGGGAGCUCCAGUCCCUCAGCGUGUUCUUGAGUAACCCGGGAAAGGCCGGCAGGAAGCCAUCGUCCUCUGUCAGCCAUUAUCUUCAGAGCUUAGAGUCAAAAUUGGUGGGUGUCCACUUCAAAGGGGAUAAGGCUUCCUUCGAGAAGGAGAAGAUCAAUGCCACUGUAUGGAAACUGAGGCCAGGAGUUAAGGAUCUACAUAUCCAUUCCAAAGCAAAGAUGGACCAGAGUACAGUGCAAGAGUACUCAGUGAAGCUGCCCAGUGCCCUGUUUGAAAAGGCCAAAGGCAGGAGAGGGGAGGCUGACAAGAGGCUCCUGUUUGUGGAUUUUAGCAGCCAGGCCCUAUUCCAGGACAAAAACUCCAGCCAAGUCCUCGGGGAAAAAGUCCUGGGUAUUGUUGUACAGAACACCAAGGUGUUCAACCUCCAGGAACCUGUGGUCCUUACCUUCUGGCACCAGCCACAGCCGAAUGUGACCCUACAGUGCGUGUUCUGGGAAGAGAACCCUGCCUCUGGAAGCCCUGGGAGCUGGAGUGAUUCUGGGUGCCAGACAAAGGUGGGGGACACAAACACAUCCUGCCUCUGCAACCAUCUGACUUACUUUGCUGUUCUGAUGGUCUCUUCUGUAGAGAUUGAUGUCGUCCACAAACACUAUCUCACUCUCCUUUCCUACAUCGGCUGCAUCAUCUCCGCGUUGGCUUGUGUCCUGACGAUCGCCAUCUACCUCUUCUCUCGGAGGAAGCAGAGAGACUACACCAUCAAAGUCCACAUGAACCUCCUACUCUCUGUCUUCUUCUUGGACCUGAGCUUUCUGCUCAGUGAACCUGUGGCUCUCAUGGAGAACGAGAUGGGCUGCCGGACCAGCGCCAUCUUCCUGCAUUUCUCUCUGCUGGCCUGCCUCACUUGGAUGGGCAUUGAAGGCUAUAACCUCUAUCGGCUGGUUGUGGAGGUCUUCAGCACCUAUGUCCAUGGCUACCUGGUCAAGCUGUGCCUUGUGGGCUGGGGGCUCCCUCUCUUUUUGGUGACGGUGACAGCAUUGGUGGAUGGGGAGAACUAUGGUUCGAUCAUACUCACUGUCCAGAAGUCAUCAGAAAAUGUCAUCUAUCCUUCCAUGUGCUGGAUAAGGGACCCCAUCGUCAGCUACAUCAUGAACCUGGGCUACUUCUGCCUGGUGUUUCUAUUUAACGCUGUGAUGCUGGUCACCAUGACGGUGCAGAUCCUGCGGCUGAACCAGCGUGGUCAGAAGUGGCAGCAUGCCCUCACCCUGUUGGGCCUCAGCCUGGUCCUGGGCAUGCCUUGGGCGCUGGUCUUUUUUGCCUUCACCUCAGGCAUCUUCCAGUUGGUUGUGCUUUAUCUCUUCAGCAUCAUCACUUCCUUCCAAGGCUUCCUGAUCUUCCUCUGGUAUUGGUCAAUGAAGCUCCAGGCCAAGGGUCCCUCCCCUCUGAAGAGCACCUCGGACAGUGUCAAGUUACCAAUCAGCUCUGGGAGUACCUCUGGCAGCCGCAUCUAGGCACCCAAGGGGACCUGCUUGCCCACUCCGGAGAGAAGAGGAGAAAAGGAGAAAGCCAGUUUCCCCUUGCCCUUCCUUCCUCCUCCUCACAGCCCUCACUGUCCUUGGCUCCUAUGUGGACUCUCUCAGACUGUCUCGGUGGACUUCUACACAGUCCUGAUGACUGUUCUGGACCCUUGGCCUCCAGAGUAGCGGAACAGAGGAGUGAGGGGGCUUUCCCCAGCCUCAGAUGUCAUUCCUACAUUGAUGAUUAUAAUCAGAAGGAAAGGGAUGCGAGGUGUCCUAAGGAAUGAAAGUUGUCGUCUUUGGUGUUGGGUUGGGAAAAGGGAACUACUAAGCUUGAAUGAAGUGAUUGGAGGAAAGAAAU